AAACAAGCAGGUUUUCAAAGUGAUUUAUAAGACGACACUGUGUUUGCAGCUCUCAGAGUCUUGGAGCCGUGUCUGCACAGAAUCCAUCAUCUCUGUUGGUUAAUCCACACUUUGAUAAAACAAGAAAAGAUUCACCUGAGGAGCUCAAGGUGCCACAAAUAACAUCAGGAUCAGUCAGAUGACUUCACUCAGGGCUUUGAAAGUAAUGCCUACGUGUUGCCACUAGAGGUCAAACUUUGAUCACAACAGGAAAAAUCAGAUUAUCCAAGUUGAAAAAAACAUCACAGACCAUUUAUAGCAGCUCCGUGAUUCACGUGAUGGCGACACAUCUCUGACAUCAUGACGAGCUUUGGAUGGACCAGAACAAAGUGGGGAAAGUUUAAAUCCGAAAACCAUUUUCAGAACAAAUGGACAUGAUAUCCAUAUUUUAAAUUAUUCCUUCAGAUUCCUUCAGAUCGUUAAUUAGACUGAAGCUGUGCAGUGAUGCCAUGCUGUGACUUUACAAACAAACCAACGCUGAUGGACGAGACCUUAUUUAUUUACAAGCAAAUCAAUGGUGGUGCAUUUAGUUUGGUGUUUAAAAGAAAAAAUGGCUUGGAAAGAAAAGAAAGAAGAGGAAGAAAUCUUAAAUAGUGCUUUUGUGGGUCACGUGGUCGGAGAGUGACGCAGCUGUGACCACAUGAGGACGCGUGUGAGUUCGAGACCCGAGCAGUUUCUCUGUUUCUCUGAUUAUGAACUCAUCUCAAGUGCUGCUCAGUCUUCAGCCAGUUCAGCGACAAAGUUUAAGUUUGGUGGUGGAAAGAUUAUCAGCCAGUGUUUUUUUCAGUUAAGGCAGAAACUUCGUGUCCAGCUGCUUCCUCAAGUGGGACUUCACACAAAAGACAAAGGGGAGAAGUGUUUAAAGCAAAUUCCUGUAUAUUUGUGUGUGUGUGGUGUGUGUGUGUGUGUGGGGGGCCUUCAUGUUCCCUGACCCGAACACUUAAAUCAAUCCAUUCAACGUGAGUGCUGUAGGCACGGGACACUUUCCUCGAAUGCGUAAAACUUGCGUCAUCUGUCCACUGGUGUCUUUUGACGUUUUUUUCUUAAAGUCAAAUGAUAAUAAUAAAAAAAUCACACAGCUGUCAGCGAACACCUGCUGAUAUCAGAAGUGGUUCUGCCGGUGCCGGUCGUGCUGCGUUCCCUCUCCGGCCGGUGCGUAAAAGAAGAACCACGCUGCUUUCAGGCUCCGCACGCCUCUGACAGAGAGGGACAACACGGUGAGUGAGAGUGUGUUGGGGGGAAGUAAAGAGUGUGGGAGAGCCCUCCCCCUGCCAAAUGUCUCCAUGGAUCCACUCCUUCAUAACCCAACUCUUCCCCAGCCUUGCGCAGAUGGCCAAAGUGUCCAAACCGGACUGUGAACGCGCUCAGCUGGCCACUGGGUGACACGAUGAGAGCAGAUUAGACAUUUAACUCUUCACCUACUGCUUUGUUUAACUCCGUGUGUACUGAAAGUCAAAGUAGCCCAACACCCUCUGGCGAAAGGAGCGCUUGGCUACAUGUGAAUGUCUGCCGGUCUCCCAGCGCGCUGCGCUGGUGAUGCCAUGCCGAGAAGACACACCGGCGACGAGAGCGACGGCACCGGGCUCUGGCUGAAGACCACAACGGGACGCCGGGUGCAGGAAUACCCAAUGAAAGAUGUGGAGUCAGGGCGGAGGGCGAUGAAUAACGCGGCGCGGGUCGGGGACGGUCUCCUGUCUCCAACCGCUGCAGGUGCGGUGGCAGCGGAGAGGAAGCAGGGCGCCCGGCUCAGCCUGCUCGGGAAGCCGCUGACCUACAGCGCGCAGAGCGGCCGCAGGAACGCGCGCUACCGGCGGCUCCAGAAUUACCUCUACAACGUGCUGGAGAGACCGAGGGAGUGGGCUUUCGUCUACCACGCGUUUGUGUUCAUCCUGGUGUUCGGAUGUUUGGUUCUCUCUGUGUUUUCCACCAUCCCCGCUCACCAGGAGUUCUCUUCGCACUGCCUGCUCAUCCUGGAGUUUGUGAUGAUUGUUGUGUUUGGUCUGGAGUACAUCAUCAGGAUAUGGAGCGCCGGCUGCUGCUGCCGCUACCGAGGCUGGCAGGGACGCCUCCGCUUCGCCAGGAAACCGUUCUGUGUCAUAGACAUCAUUGUACUCAUCGCCUCGGUGGCAGUGGUUUCAGCCGGUAGCCAAGGAAACAUCUUCGCCACGUCUGCUCUGCGAAGCCUUCGCUUCCUUCAGAUCCUGCGCAUGGUGCGCAUGGACCGCAGGGGAGGGACCUGGAAGCUGCUGGGAUCUGUAGUCUAUGCACACAGUAAGGAGCUGGUGACUGCGUGGUAUAUCGGCUUCCUGGUGCUGAUCUUCUCCUCCUUCCUGGUCUAUCUGGUGGAGAAAGAAUUCAACAAGGACUUCGCCACCUACGCCGACGCUCUGUGGUGGGGCACGAUCACCCUCACGACCAUCGGCUACGGUGACAAGACCCCGCAGACGUGGACCGGACGGUUAUUAUCGGCCGGUUUUGCUCUGCUGGGGAUCUCCUUCUUCGCCCUGCCAGCUGGUAUUCUGGGGUCAGGCUUUGCCCUGAAGGUGCAGGAGCAGCAUCGACAGAAGCACUUUGAGAAGAGGAGGAACCCAGCUGCCAGCCUCAUCCAGUGUGUCUGGCGUAGUUAUGCUGCUGAUGAACACUCGGUUUCCAUUGCUACCUGGAAGCCUCAUUUGAAGGCGUUGCAUACCUGCAGCCCCGCCAAGAAAGAGCAGGGCGAGACUACCUACAGUCAGAAGUUGAGUUUUAAGGAGAGGGUCCGGAUGGCGAGUCCUCGCGGUCAGAGCAUGAAGAGCAGGCAGACGUCCAUCAACGACCGCCAACGCUGUUCCCCUGGCAACGAGGUGGUGGGAGGCUCCGAGCUGAUGGGCGGGAGCCCCGCCAAAGUGCAGAAGAGCUGGAGCUUCAACGAUCGCACCCGCUUCAGGCCGUCGCUGAGGCUGAAGAGUCAGCCUCGUACUGCUGUCCCAGAUGUGGACGCGGGCAUGACCACAGAGGAUUCCUUCGAUGAGAGAGGCUGCCACUGCGACGUUACAGUGGAGGAUCUGUCAGCCGCCCUCAAGGCCGUCAUCAGAGCUGUCAGGAUCAUGAAGUUCCAUGUGGCAAAGAAGAAGUUCAAGGAGACGUUGCGUCCGUACGAUGUGAAGGACGUCAUAGAGCAGUACUCUGCAGGACACCUGGACAUGCUCUGUCGCAUCAAAAGCCUUCAGACUAGGGUGGAUCAGAUUCUGGGAAAAGGCCAGAUACCUGUGGAUAAGAAAGUGAGGGACAAAUUGAACCCAGAUGGAGAAUCUCUGGAGGGCAUGAGCAUGCUAGGACGGGUGUGUAAGGUGGAGAGACAGGUAACUUCGAUUGAAUCAAAGUUGGACUCUCUGUUGGACGUUUAUCGCCAAGUUCUACAAAAAGGCUCCUCAGCACUCACCCUCUCUUCCCUGCCCCUGUUCGAGCUGGACAACCACCAGCAACGCUCGGACUUCCAGACCUCCGUCAUCGGCAGGGAUCUCCCCUCUCCCCAGGAAGGUGAUCCGGGUAGAUGUGGAGGAGAUAACAACAUGGGGAUACGCCGUUCUCUUAACAACAACCCGAGAGGCCUGCGCCUAAUCCUGGCACCGGCCGAUGAUGACGGCCCCCCUGACUCAGCACCUCCAUCCUACCCGCCAUCCACAGCCUCGCUCUCCCCAUCUCCGCUGCUGCCUCCUGAUAGCCCCUACCCAACCUUGGUUACCCCCAAUGGUACCUCCAAAAGAGCACAUUUCCCAGACCUGCCACCCCCACCUCCUUCAACAGGGGGUUUCACCCUCCAGCUGCCCCCCAUGUUGCACCCCUCUCACCAUCGAUGCCCCCCUGACCCCAUCCCAGAUGAUAUGACAGGCAGGGUUGUGGUGGAUGAGGGGAGCCUGGGCCCCUCUGUUGUAGUGGGAUCCGGUGAGGAUGUUGCCCAGGAAGGGGACAGUGAGGCAGGAGGGGUGCAGCUGCGGGAGACGCCUGGCUUGAAACCUGAGGGGUCCUGGACGAGGCACAUGAGCCUGGAGGUCAACCCCCUGCUGCUCCUCUCGUCCAGCCCAGACGAGACGCCUUCAGACUGGGGGCGCAAUCUCGGUAAAUCCCUCUCUGUGCACAAUCUCAGCCAGCCUUUGACCAACCGUGCCCCUGGCCCCUCCUCAUCGCUUAACAACAGCAGCAGCAGCAACAGUAGCGAACGUGGCAAUGCCCACGGUGUCCUAAGCAACUGGGACGGAGCAGAACUCUUUAUUAGUGAGUGCAAACUAGAGCCAGAGGGAGAACAUUUCAACUUCCUGUCCCAGGGAUCUGCCGGCCCCUCAGACCUUUUACAGACUGUGGAGGAGGCUCCACCUCACCCCAAGGGAAACUCAGAGUUUCUUAAUCAGUCACCACACAUACAGCUGGCAUAACCAAACAUACACACUCACACACACACACCACAUACAGUUGGGGAAACCACUUUUAAACUAAUUUUAAAGGACACUAUAUGGAUUAUUAUUUUACAAUUUCCAAUCAAUGCCUUGUACAUGGAUAUACAAUAUUUUACAAUUUUGUCUUCAAGGUUAUGUCCGCUGUCAUACAGAUUCGGUAUGUUGUAUUACCACAUUUAUUAUAAAGGAAUCAGAGAAAACAUUGUUUGAAAUAUGUAUGAAAGUGGGCAAAACUUCAUGAAAGACAAAUUAUACAAUUGUUAUACAAAUACAAAUAACCUUCAUUGGGGACAAAUUGCUUUGGUCUUAACCCAAAUGUAUACAGAAAUGCUACAUUUUUUUAAAGGCACAAUAUUAAAGAAUUAGAGACCUGUCAAAUUCAUACGUGAUACAAAGAAGAGGCAGCGAAUCACCAGCGUAAGCGCUAACUGCUGCUAACAGUAGCUGCCUUUGCUAGUUAGCUAAUUAAAAUCGAUCUUGUUUAAAUAAAAUUUUGACAACAAGGAAGGAAUAUUAGCUGUGAUGUUGGAGCCUGAAGUCUGACACCUGAUCUAGACAUCAGAGUGUAGAAAAAAUUCAAAUGAUUUGGUUUUCUUUUUCAAUUUUUUUUUCCGGCAGUUCUACAUUUUAAGUCUGAACCUCAACCAAAACCAAAGAACAUAGUUCAGACCCACCACUAAAUCAAGCAGUAUCUGUUUUCAGAGCAGAAAUUGAAGGAUAUCUGCCUUGUGCCAACCUUCAGAAACAAGAGGAAAAUACUGUAUGCAUCCUAAAAAAAAGUGAAGUUGAACCUCAAGCAAGCCACUGGAAACUAUAGGUCAACCACUUCUUUCGUAACAUGUGGUGAAACCAUCUAUGUACAUGCACACACAUACAACCACUCUGUCACACGCACAAAAACCACACCGACACAACCAAGCAACCGUCAACCACGACCACCGAGUACUCUCAGAGGAGCCAACUUGACAAAGAGCUGAGACUCACUGAUGACUUAAUUUUUUUCAUACAAGUGCUUGUAUUCAGAGACUUUCUUGGAAGAAGAGGAGACUCGCUCGCUCUUCUUAUUCAAUGUCUGUCUUAUGGGCAAUGUAAAACGUCAUCUUUUACUUAUGCUUUCAUACAUAUCACUGCAUGGACUGUUUUCAAAAACAAAUGAAUGAAAGGGGGAAUAAUGGGUGAGGCCGGGUGCGAUGGGAAUAGCUGAAUUAUAACAAGAGCUAAAGGUUGAACCCUUAGCAUGAGCAUCUUGUUCUAUUCAUUUUCUAAAACCACUGAAAAUGUCAGUAAAUGUUUGUAUGGUUGCUUUCCGUCAGCAAGUUAUCAGUGAAUUUGGAUGCAGCAAACCUAUUGGGGGGGAAAAAUGGCCUAUCAGCAGUCACUUUAGACAAUUUUGGACCGUGUCCCGCCUGAUUUGGAGAGUUGCCUGGUGAAUUAGGUGCUGAUGGUCUGAAUGCUGAAUUGCAGGAGGCUUGUCAAAUGGGCUUCUCCAGCCGAGCAUGAGAUGCUGCAUGUCUAAGCUGUUGCGUUAUACAAAGUCAAGAGCAGUUGCACACUCGCUGGUGGCCUGGAUGUCCUUCUGCAUGUUAAAGUAACAUUUCCUCCAAACCUUUAACUCAAAAGGUACAAACAAAAUCUACCUAUAUGAGCGUUAUUAUAUUCUAAUUUGAACUAAUUUGAGAUUAGUUGAAACAUGUACUACCAGCUAUAUGGAUAACCCACUUACAAUUAAAUUUUAUGACAAAUAUAAGUAAAGUCAUUUAAAAUCUUUUUUUUUUUUUGGACAAGCCCAAUCUUUGUACUGGGUGCUGUCUGCACCAUGUGUAUGAAGAAUGACUGACGGCUGCUGGACUGACUUUAUUCCCUCCUCGUGGCCUGGAGCGACACUAGGUGUACAGUGGACACUCCAGGCUGCAUUUAUAUCAUAGCAGCUUAGUUUGGAUUCACCUGUGGAACCCAUGAUAACGAGAUACUGUACGUGUUGUUUGCAUGUUGUUACUUUAUCCAUGUGUCCAUUCUGCUGCUGUCAAAUAUACAUGUUGACAUAAGAAAACAGUAUAUAGUGGAGAGAUAUAAGAAGAAUAUGCCCUCUAAUGUCAAUAUCAAUAAAAGCUCUAGGAGGAUUUUAAGUCCAACAUGUGAAAAUCGAAAAGAAAACAGACUUCCCGUUAGGUUUAGGCACCAUUAAAAAAAAAAAAGAAGCUUUUUUGCUAAUCUAUGUGUGAUACACGUGUACCAAAUUUCACACGUCUAGUGUGAACUAGCGAGCCAACAACCUUAAACACUUUUACCGCCAAAGUUUUGUGAGUUUUUUUUAGCACCUUUAGCCCCUAAAAAAUGCAGUUUAUUUAGGGGCAGAGGAGCUUAAUUUACUUCUGUGACUUCAGCAUUCAGCUGAUGUGGAGCAACAUACUAAAGGGAGAUUCAGAAUAAAAGUUAGAUUUUUAAAAAUAUAUUAUAUUACAAUUUGUUAUAGUUAUAGUUUCUCCAGUUGCCCCCCAGAAAUCAUGUAUAGUUUAACAGGAUUUUGAAUGUGCAUGCACUCCCUCCUCGCCACGUCAACCAUAUACAAUAUGUCACUAUUUAGGGUUAUUGCAAUAUGCCUAAAGGGUACUCGAGUGAAAACGUUUGUAUUUGGUCCAUGUUCAGAUUGAGAACGUUUUCAUAGGCAGGCUGAUGAAAAAUGGUGUGUUGCAAGUGUCUUAAAUGACAUUGUCCUGAUGCAACACUCAACAUCAGUAUUUUCAUUUGCCGUCAUGCUUGUAGAUGGGUUGACUUCCCUUGAAUUCGAAUUAUGCAAAAUUAUGUCAGCCAUCUCAAGCAUUUUUUUAUUUGUUUUUGCAUGUUUACAUAUUGAGGGGUAUGCAGUCACAGCAGUCUUAAAAAAAAAUAUAUAUCUUAAUGUGAUAACAACAACCUUCAUUCAUCAGUUUUUUUCAAAAGUUAUAUUCCUUUUAUUUUGGAUGGUGAGUAAGAGCAUCGCUUAGCAAAUUAACAUUCUGUAGUAUAAUAUAACAGGUAUUAUCCUCUAACAAUUGACAAUUAUAAACACUCGAAAAUAGAUUAGAUCGAUUUAGAAAAAAUUCUACAGCCCAUGCAGAAGUUGUUGUGGUAUGGUGAAUUAUAUUAUCGGCAUGAAAGCACAGUUGUUAAUGGUGAGUUUGGGGAGCCUGAAAAUGUGACAUGGUAGUUUAAUGAUUAAUAUUGGAAUAGAUGUGUUGUAGUCAUUGAUUGAUUUUUGCUACAUAUGAAAAGAGGCCAGCCAAAACUGUUUAAUUACUGUGGAGCAAGAUGCCGAACAAAUACUGAACAAUGAGGAAAGUCCAUGGACAAUGGGUGGAUUUUUCCCCUCAUAAAACAUGCUCAUGUUUGCAAUCUGUAAAUUGCUUCAGGGUGCCUUCUUGCAUAUAUAAAUAUGUUUUUUUUUUUAUUCACAGGGCUACAAAGGUCUUGUUUACCUACAGCCGUUAGCAAACUGUAUAGAUGAAGUCAAACUGCUCAUUUUUUUGAGUUGGGCAUCCAGUUCACUUAAGUCACGUAGCUUUAGCCACAGACUUUAUAUGGCUCGAAUGGCUGAUAAAACCAUUUCUCUACAGCUUGAACAGUAAUUUAUUACACAACUGGCCUUAAAGCUUGAUAAUGUUAACAUUAUUAUUUCUUUGAAAUUAAUUUAUUAUAGUGCACAUUAUGUUCUCUGGAUGAGAAAUGCAAAAAUAAUUUUAUUAUUCAUUAAUAAAGUACAAAUUA